AUGUUCUCACUCAAUUCUCUCCUCGUUACCCUCACCCUCACCACCGCCACCUUCUCUUCCCCACUAUCUAUCCCAAGCAUAUCCAGUGUGGUCUCAUCAUCAGGCUCUUCAGGCGGCGACUUCUUAAGUGACACACAGAAUGGGCUUUCCGGGGCCUGCAAGCCCCUAACCAUCAUCUUUGCCCGCGGCUCCGGCGAGACUGGCAACGUCGGCACCGCCACAGGCCCGCCAUUCUUCCAGGCGGUUGCCAAGCGUGUUGGUGCCGCAAACGUUGCGGUGCAAGGCGUGGAAUACGGAGCUGCCUUCUUGAGUGUGUUGAGUGGUGGUGAUGCAGCUGGCAGUGCCAAGAUGGCUCAAUUAGCUCAGCAGGCAUUUUCACAAUGCCCUAACACCAAGGUCAUCUUGUCAGGCUACAGCCAGGGUGGUCAACUUGUCCACAACGCCGCCAAAUUAAUGCCCGCGGACAUCGCAGGCAAGAUUGCUGGAGCUGUAACAUUCGGUGACCCAGACAACGGCCAAUCCUUUACCAAUAUCCCCGCGGCCAACUGCAAGAUAUACUGCAACCCCUUUGACAACAUCUGCCAGAAUGGGUACCUUAUCACAGCGUUCCACUACUCGUACUCGACGCAAUAUGUACCCUCGGCCGCAGACUUUGUGGCAUCAAAGAUGUGA